CUCAGAGUAAACAUGUCAGGCCGUGGUAAAGGAGGUAAAGGUCUUGGAAGGGGCGCCAAGCGUCACAGGAAGGUUUUGCGUGAUAACAUCCAGGGUAUCACCAAGCCAGCCAUCCGUCGUCUAGCAAGAAGAGGUGGUGUCAAGCGUAUCUCAGGUCUGAUUUACGAAGAGACCCGUGGUGUCCUCAAAGUUUUCCUUGAGAAUGUCAUCCGUGAUGCCGUCACCUACACCGAGCACGCCAAGAGGAAGACUGUCACUGCCAUGGAUGUCGUCUAUGCCCUGAAACGACAGGGACGUACCCUCUACGGAUUCGGCGGUUGAAAACCUUGUGUUUUCACCAACACUCUCAACGGUCCUUUUCAGGACCACCAAA